CAAUUGUUUCCCUCCUUUCUACCAUCAACCUUGAAGUUUGAAAAGAAUUCAUAAAGAUAUACUUAAACUACUACAAAUUGUCUGUUCACAUAGCAAAUGGGUGAAGUAAAACAGGAACCACCUAAGGAAGAGUCCAAGCCAGAGGAAACUCCGGUGGAGGAGAAGAAAGAAGAACAAUCAGAGGAAAAGCCUAAACCACCAUCUCCAUGUGUGUUGUUUGUAGACUUGCAUUGUGUGGGAUGUGCCAAAAAAAUUGAGAAAUAUAUUAUAAAAAUUAGAGGAGUUGAGGGAGUGGUGAUUGAUAUGGCUAAAAAUGAAGUGGUCAUAAAGGGAAUAGUGGAUCCUCAAGGAAUCUGCAAUAUUAUAACAAAGAAAACAAAGAGAAUGGCCAAAGUUAUAUCUCCAUUGCCAGAAGCAGAAGGAGAGCCUAUACCAGAAGUUGUUAACUCUCAGGUUAGUGAACCAGUUACUGUUGAACUUAACGUGAACAUGCACUGUGAGGCUUGUGCUGAGCAGCUCAAGGGGAAGAUACUCAAAAUGAAAGGAGUACAAACAGUAGAGACUGAGCAUAGCACAGGAAAGGUUAUUGUGACGGGGACCAUGGACGGCAACAAGUUAGUGGAUUUUGUUUAUAGACGAACUAAAAAGCAAGCCAAAAUAGUUCCACAACCAGAACCUGAACCAGCACCAGAAAGUAAAGAAGGAGAGAAACCAGCAGAAGAAGAGGCUAAACCAGAAGAAAAGAAACAAGAGGGUGGUGAAGAUAAUAAGAAUGAGAGUAAAGAAGAGAAGGAUGGGGAAGAGAUUAAUGGAGUUCAUGAUGAGGAAGAUAUGAUGAAGAGGAUGAUGUACUAUAACUAUUAUAAUCAGCCACUCUAUGUUGUUGAACGAAUGCCACCACCACCUCAACUCUUUAGUGAUGAAAAUCCCAAUGCAUGUUGCAUUUCAUAAAAUUCAUCACAUUCACAUCAUAUCAAACUAGUUAUUUGAUGAUAUAUCGUUCAGCCUUUUUAUGUAUGUACGAUAUAUUACUACAUAUUAAAAUAUUCUAUUGUAUACAUAGAAAUGUGUAUCCUCAA